UGUCAGUCAGGAGGAGGAAGUUACUGCCCAAAUUAUUUGCAUGAACAAAACUGAUGUUUUCCGAAACAGCACAGUUUGUCUCUCAUGUACGCAGUCUUAUCCCACGUCUCUGCACCCGGCUGAGUGUAUGGAAGGAUUUUAAAUCCCAAUAUGAAAAAUUCUGAGGCUGUGAUAUACUUGCUCUGCGGAUUAUGCGUACUCUUAACCGGUAAGUGUCUUAUUUAAAAUCAGCCGCUAUUUGAAACUGUAAAAGCCGCUUCCAACACCAUAAUAUCAUGUCUUCGCGGGUUAGGCGUAAAGAGCAGUUCUGACGCAACGCAAGUGGAGCCAUCACCGUGGCAACCAAUAGACUGCAUCACUGUUAGAACCUAGCCGUAGAUACAAUUUUUCUAGACAACCCACAGCAGCGUUUUUUCACUAGACAGUAAAGUUAUAGUGAAUGGAAAACCAUAUUGACGGAGUCGGAAAAUUUCACAAACUCGGCUAUCUUAGUCUGAAUUUUUAAAUUCUGGAUCCAAUUCACUGUUUAGUGGAUAAACCCCUUAAUGUUUGUUUGUGGUUCUAAAGUGGCACGUGUUGUGUAAACGGUUAAACUCGGAUGACAAAAUUUAGGCUAAAUUUGAUGAUGUUAAAAAAAAUACACAAAAUCAGCUCUAGUUGCAACUUGACUAUUUUAGCCUGCCGUUAGUAUUUAAAUGUAAUGUGCUUGGCAAUCACCGAAUGGACAUUUAGCUUAUUUCAUGUUUAUAUAAUUAUAUCAAUAGCAUAAUCUUGUUUACAUGCUACUAAGCAAAGCAGCAUUGCUGAGGGGGAACUAUGCAAAGAUACAUUUUCCUGACCAUCUGUUCAAAAGAGGAAGAAAAACAAAUUAACAUUCUAUAGAAGUCUGGGGGAGCAGUCAGGCAGAACAUCUUCACUGUAGACAGUAGAGCAAUGUUUAGAGUUCUAAGCUGUGGAGAUAUACACAGUACUUACCUUUACCUACCUACACAGAGUCUUAGAGUUCAGUGGACAAGGCCUGGUUUUAACAAUUGCUUUUAGACUGGUUGGUAAUAAAUUGCAAAAUCUCAGACAAAACUUGUCAAGUUCAGCUUGGGUUCUUUCACCUUUCCGAGCUCAAUAAGAUAAGUAUCAUUAAGUUGGUUAAUAACAUCAAGAAUUCAUCCAAACCCUAAGAGUUACUUGGAAAAACAGGGGAAAGCUAAAUGCACCUGUGUUCGUGAAAUACGUUGAUGUGAAGUCUCGAUAUGUCCCAUACAACUUUCUGUUAGUUUCGUAUUCAUAGCGGAAGUACUGCUGCAGUGUGACUAUAGCGGCUCUAGGCCCAAAUAAAUCGUCACACAAGAAACUGGUCCCCAGAGUCAGGGACUGUUGUAGAAUUUAAACAUUUGCUGAUCUACCACUGGCUGAAAAGUGAAGCAAAGUUUUAAACAUAGAGAAUUUAUCCAUUGUACAGCGCUACGGAAUUUGAUGGCGCUAUAUAAAUAAAUAAAUAAUAAUAACAAUCCAUGGAAUGUACCUGAUAAUUCCAAAGGUUUCCAUGGUGACUCCUUCACUUUGCAACACUUUAAAAAAUAUGCCCCUUUUAAGUCUCUGGUUGAGAAUCUAGUGCUGGUUUUCACCUGGGAUGCUGGUUGGUGGAGAAUAACAAAAUAGUUCACAGGGGGCCCACCAAGCCAUCCCAUACCAUUUUUAUUUGUAUCAAGAAUACGUAAUUGUAGCAUUUUAGCCCAACGAUGUUGCAAUCAUUCAACGUAACAGUGGUAAUAUAUUGUUUAUUGACAUUGUAAAGAUCACAGGCUGAGUUGGAGAUCUGGGUUUUCAUGGCUCAUAAAAAUGUGACACCUGGUGAAGUUGCCCCCACCCCGACUUGUUUGGUUCUACCCACUUAACCCCAAGAGAUGCCAGGGUCUUUGUCAAAACAGCUGCAUCUCCAAUCAUCAAUAACGAGUAGAUUAGAAACUGUACAUUUAAUCAAGACAGACCCAAGUUUUUUCUAACACACGUUCAUCAGUAGUCCUUACAGUACCAAAAAAUGUGAUUGACUUAUUUUGCAACAAAAAAUAUUUUUAGGCACUGCCCCACCUACCACUAUAUACCAAUUCCCACUACUCCUGAGUGAUGAUCCCCAUGUCUGUACCCAUCCCUGGUUCUUUUUUUUUUAAAAAUGCUCUUUUGACUCCUUGAGCGCUCUGAAUAGAUUUCAGAUAUCAAUGCAAUUUUGUAGAAUUUUUUUAAAUUGAUUCAUUAUUUUUUUUAAAGGAUUAAGUUUGAGAUAAUUUCAAAUCUGGAAAACCUUCCUUCAAACAUCUUAUAAGGACAAGGUAGAAAGUCUGAGAACAGCUUUACUCGAGGCAUAUACAGCAGACAUUACUGGCAAUGGCUGGGUACUAUAUAAUCCAAAGAAGAAUGUAUUUUGAGCAGGAGUUGGAGAGGCAGCAUUAAAGGACCACUAUAGGCACCCAGACCACUUCAGCUUAAUGAAGUGGUCUGGGUGCCUGGUCCAGCUGGGGUUUACCCUUUCUUCUAUAAACAUAGCAGUUGCAGAGAAACUGCUAUGUUUAUAAAUGGGUUAAUCCAGCCUCUAGUGGCUGUCUCAUUGACAGCCGCUAGAGAGCUUCCGCGUUUCUCACUGUGAUUUUCACAGUGAGAAGACGCCAGUGUCCAUAGGAAAGCAUUGUGAAUGCUUUCCUAUGGACUGGCUGAAUGCAUGCGCGGCUCCUGCCGCGCAUGCGCAUUCAGACGAAGAGGAGGAGAGGAGGCGGAGAGGAGAGCUCCCCGCCCGGCGCUGGAGAAAGAGGUAAGUUUAACCCCUUCCUCACCCCUCAGCACCACGGGGCACCCUCAGGGCACUAUAGUGCCAGGAAAACAAGUAUGUUUUCCUGGCACUAUAGUGGUCCUUUAAGAACAUUGCUCAACAUUCUAUAGUAGGCUUAGGCCAUUCUUGAUCUAUAGUCACUUAACUAAUCUACAUGUUUUAAUUGUUCCCAGUUGAGUGAUAUUUGUUUUGUUUACAGAUUGUGGCAUCAAUGCAGCAGAGGAUAACAGACAAGGUAAAAGCAACAAUUAUUAUUACCUUUAUUUAUUUUAAUGGGCAGGUCUGUCUCAUAUCUGUAAAGGAGCUUGUACGACAGGUACGCAUAUGUACCUCUGCAUGCAGUUUCACUCAUAGAGAAACAUGAAUGAGUCAAUUUGACAAUCCCAGAGACCGCUGUUACUUUGCGGAGAUAUUUUUUUAUUUAUUUUUUAUUUAAUAUGAAAAUAUUAUUGACAAAUAUACCAUAAGUCACAUUAGCUGAUGCCAAACGCGUCUACUGAAAACAAUGACAAGACGGGACUAGCCGAGAAGUAACUAUUUUGCUGUCUUUGCAGAAGCUGUACAUUUGCAGCAAAUAAGGCAAAUAUAAAACAGCUAAAGACACGAUGGCAAAUUUCAGCCCGGGGGAACCUCUUUAAAAACAAAAUUGACAAAUGUUAACUAUUGCGUUAUAUGAUUUUAUUAUUUUCUAUUAACUUCACUGCAUCUCUAGCCUUCCCAGAUACCUCUCAGCAUUUAUCAAGGCAAGAGAUUUAAUUAGCUCCGGGGUUACUUUUAAGAUGAUUUGUGUACUGAAAUACUGGAAUACCUUUAGAACAUGACUGCGAUGUCAGGUUAUCAGUCAUGAAGGAGUUAAAUACAUUUUAAUUGCAAGAGAUUCCUUGCAAUCUGAAUUCUGCUUCUACAAGAGUGGGCAAGGAAGAAAUUUACUUUUACAGGUAAACCCCUUACCUCUAAGCAACGUGUAUACACAAACAUUUUUUUUUUUAUCCAUUGCAGUGAAAUUUAACCAAGAAAGCCCACUUACGUUCCCUUUUGCUUAACAAUUAUUUUUCACUUUUUAAAACUUUAUGAGCCAUGGUUCCCUUCUGACCCUCUGCAUCUCUGCAGAGGUACUGUAAAUGUUGUCCCCUCCAACCCCCUCAACUCUACACCAGAUUUGUAGGUCACAAAAAAUGACUGCGUUCUAGCAGCCAAUGAGCGAGGAGGAGUAAACCCGCAAUUAUUUAAAACAUGAAUCCUGAAUCCUUCAUUUAUUUCAGUAACUGUAGAAUCGUAUUUAAUUUAAAUUUUUAGAGGUGUCUGAGCUGCAUACGAAACAGCUUUUUAAAGCUACAUUUACGUAUUAACUGUGUAUCCCAUGUUUCAAAUAAAUUAAACAAUAUUUUUAAAAUGAAAAUAACUUUCUAGUUAGGGGUUUACUAAUUUUUAUUUCAAAUAAACUUUACAUGUCAACAUCUACGAACGUUAUGGCAAUUAAGCAGACUAUGGCUUCUAUACUUUAUUCCUUGAUGGGUCAAUAGAACUAUUUCUCAAUCAAUAUGAUUCUGCACUUGUCAUGAAGAGUGAAAUGUAUUUUAUUAGUACAUAGAGUAAUGCCACUAUUUAUUUUUAGGAAAUAUGUUCCUGUGCCAGGAUCCUCGUUUCAUAGCAGCACGAAAAGGCCGUACGGUGUCCAUAAUUUGCUCCUUUGCAGCUGAGCAUCUUAACACAUCACAUUGCAACACGACAUGGUACCUUGGGAUGCCAAACGGUUCUUUCAUUAGCAACGUUAUACCCGAUAAAGACCCUAAAAUAUCCAUAAACGGAAGUAAAAGUUGUUCCGUUCUAUUACUUAAAAACAUACAGAAGAAACACAGCGGGAUUUACUUUUGCAAAAUUAAUACGAAUUCAGGAGAGCGGAUAUCUCAUUGUGGGACUGAGGUUAUGGUGCUGGGUGAGUAUCAUGAUGUGCUGGAUCCGGGUACGGAUCAGCCUACUAUCCGUGCUUAUUUUCUAUAGCAUCUGUAAGUAAGUUCCACUUACUGGGGACUACAUCUCCCACAAUGCUGUGCCAGUCUUGCCAGCAGUCUAUUCCUGUUCUAGAACAUUGGUUCUUAAGGGAUUGCCACCUCAACACUAAUUAUUACCAGUGACGAAGCUAGAAAUUUUUUUCACCCAGGUCAGAGUGACUGUGAUAGAGUGAUUGGGGGGAUGAGUGUGGCAAGGUGAGGUGGUUAGUGUGACAGGUGAAAUGUGUGAGUGUGGUAGGGUUUGGGGGAUAUGUGUGACAGGGUGAGAGUGGGUAAGUGUGCAGAGUUAGAGGGUGAGUGUGAUAGUUUGGAGGGUGAGUGUAACAGAGUUAGGGGGUGAGUGUGACACGUGUUUGACAGGGUGAAGGGUGGGGAGUAACUUGGCAGGGGAGAGAGUGUGACAGGGUUAGGGGAUGAGUGUGAGAAUUGGGGGGUCGUGAGUGUGACAGGGUUAGGUGGCGAGUGUAAGAAUUGGGGGUCGUGAAUGUGACAGAGUGAGGGGGUGAGUGUGAGAAUUGGGCAGUCGUAAGUGUGACAGGGUUAGGGGAUGAGUGUGAGAGUUGGGGAGUGUGAGGCUGGUGAGGGAUGGUGUGUGACUGGAGCAGGGUGGUGAGUGUGACAAUGGUAGGGGGGUGAGUGUGAGAGUUCGGGGGUGGGUGAGUGUGACAAGAGAGGGAGAGACAGCAACCACACAGUAAUGUCUUUUCUUUUUACAUAUAUAGCAUUGGCCCCCUUCUUACCUCCUGUGAAGGAAGGGGGGCAUAAACGCAUCCCAUGGUUGACCAGUGGGCUCUUUGGCGGCCUGGUGUGCUCCCUGACAAUCCAGUGGGCUGCAGGUGGAGCCGCAAUCCUUCUAGUCCGGUGCUUUGUGAUGACAUCAGAGCAUAGGCUGGAAAAUCCAGUGACUGCGGUUUGCGAGGGAGUGUGCCUGCACCACGCACCACCAGGGAGUCCAUUUCUAAAGAGCCCAUCUUAAAAAUACACAAUGUCUUGGCUUGAGGAGGGAUGCCCGACCUGAGAUGAAAAUUAUGGGUAUCUGGCUCUGGCUCUGACUCUGACUCUAGUGGUCAUCUUCAUGUGGCAUCCCGGGCACUUGCACCCCCAGUCCCCCCCUCCUCAUCCUCCCCAGUUUUGCUGCAGAUUGUUAAUAUAAUAAUCCUUUCCUCAAGUUUUGCAAGUAAAUAGGUUCUUUGUUAAAUGAUGCAUAUGUAAAUAAAAAUUAAGAAAAACUCAUGCCUACCUUUAGUAUAUGACAGGACACUUCAGCCAUAUACAUGCACCUUGGGUCAGAUAGUGUUUGAAAACCUCUAUAUAGUCUCUAUGGUUUACUCCCUGCACCGUGCAGUGAUAUCAUCAGACCCACUAACUGUGAAAUUCAAAUGCUGUCUGACACAAGACGCACGUAUAUGGCUGAAACAUCCUGUCAUAUACACUGCUCAAAAAAAUAAAUGGAACACUUAACCCCUUCACGACCGAGGACAUACUAAGUGUAUUUUUAUAUUAAUAUGUACUUAUAUUAAUAUAAAAAUACACUUAUAAUUAAAUUACACACAUAUAUAUAUAAUAUAUAAAAUAACUAUAUAUAUUGUAUAUAUAUAUAUUAUUAUAAAAUAUAAAUAAUAAGUAAUUUAAAUUAAAUAUGUUUUUUAAAAUAAUAAUAAAACAUUUUAAAAAAAUUAUAUAUCUAUAUGAAAUUUUAUUCUAACUGUAUUUUAAAAUUAAUAUAUAUAUAUUUAUAUCAAAAUACACUUAGAAUGAAUUUGUAUAUAUAUCUAUGUAUAUAUAAAUAAAUAAAAAUAAUACGAAAUAUGCAUAUGUCCAUAUACAAAAUGACAUAAAUAAUUAUAUAAAUAUACACGUAGACUUCAAAUAUAUAAAUAUGCAUAUAUAUUUAAAUUCUACGUGCGUAUUUAUGUAAUAUUUUUACAUAAUUCAGUAAAUUUAUUGAUUGCAAUUUGAGGGACCUGCCUGCCAACCCAGGCCGAAAUUCCAGAGAAUUUAAUUUGCUAGCACUGUAUUUUACCCUGUAAUGUUCUACGACACCCUAAAACCUGUACAUGGGGGGUACUGUUUUACUCGGGAGACUUCGCUGAACACAAAUAUUAGUGAUUCAAAACAGUAAAACAUAUCACAGCGAUGAUAUUGUCAGUGAAAGUGACUUUUUUGCAUUUUUCACACACAAACAGCACUUUUACUGAUGAUAUAAUUGUUGUGAUACGUUUUCCAGUUUUUAAACACUAAUAUUUGUGUUCAGCGAUGUCUCCCGAGUAAAACAGUACCCCCCAUGUACAGGUUUUAUAGCAUUUUUGAAAGUUACAAGGUCAAAUAUAUGGGUCAAAUAUUUUUACAUUGAAAAUGGCCAGGUUGGUUACGUUGCCUUUGAGAGCGUAUGGUAGCCCAGGAAUGAGAAUUAGCCCCAUGAUGGCAUACCAUUUGCAAAAGAAGACAACCCAAGGUAUUGCAAAUUGGGUAUGUCCAGUCUUUUUUAGUAACCACUUGGUCACAAACACUGGCCAAAAUUAGCGUACAAUUUUUUUACUUUUUUCACACACAAACAAAUAUGAAUGCUUACUUUGGCCAGUGUUUUCGACUAAGUGGCUACUAAAAAAGACUGGACAUACCCCAUAUUGAAUACCCUGGGUUGUCUACUUUAAAAAAAAUAUGUACAUGUGGGGUGUUAUUCAGAGAUUUAUGACAGAUAAUAGUGUUACAAUGUCACUAUUGAUAAAUUUUAAAAAUGUAUGUUUUGAAACCGCAAUAUCCUACUUGUACCUAUAGCCCUAUAACAUGCAAAAAAAAGCAAAAAAGCACGUAAACACUGUGUAUUUUUAAACUCAGGACAAAAUUUUGAAUCUAUUUAGCAGUUUUUUUCAUUCGCUUUUGUAGAUGAGUAAAAGAUUUUUCAAGUAAAAGUCAAAAAACAUGUAUUUUUUUCAAUUUUUCAUCAUAUUUUUUUUUUUUUUAAAUUAAAAUACAUGAGAUUAUAUAAAUAAUGGUAUGUAAAGAAAGCCCCUUUUGUCCUGAAAAAAACAAUAUAUAAUUUGUAUGGGAACAGUAAAUGAGAAAGCGGAAAAUUACAGCCAAACACAAACACCACAAAAGUGUAAAAAUAUGCCUGGUCGCAAAUGUACAACAUGGCAAAAACAGUCCAGUCCUUAAGGGGUUAAACAACACAAUGUAACUCCAAGUCAAUCACACUUCUGUGAAAUCAAACUGUCCACUUAGGAAGCAACACUGAGUGACAAUCAAUUGCACAUGCUGUUGUGCAAAUGGGAUAGACAACAGGUGGAAAUUAUAGGCAAUUAGCAAGACACCCCCAAUAAAGGAGUGGUUCUGCAGGUGGUGACCACGGACCACUUCUCAGUUCCUAUGCUUCCUGGCUGAUGUUUUAGUCACUUUUGAAUGCUGGCGGUGCUUUCACUCUAGUGGUAGCAUGAGACGGCGUCUACAACCCACACAAGUGGCUCAGGUAGUGCAGCUCAUGCAGGAUGGCACAUCAAUGCGAGCUGUGGCAAGAAGGUUUGCUGUGUCUGUCAGUGUAGUGUCCAGAGCAUGGAGGAGCUACCAGGAGACAGGCCAGUACAUCAGGAGACGUGGAGGAGGCCGUAGGAGGCCGCUACCUCCGCCUUUGUGCAAGGAGGAACAGGAGGAGCACUGCCAGAGCCCUGCAAAAUGACCUCCAGCAGGCCACAAAUGUAAAUGUGUCAGAAACAGACUCCAUGAGGGUGGUAUCAGGGCCCGACGUCCACAGGUGGGGGUUGUGCUUAAAGCCCAACACCAUGCAGGACGUUUGGCAUUUGCCAGAGAACACCAAGAUUUGUAAAUUCGCCACUGCCGCCCUGCGCUCUUCACAGAUGAAAGCAGGUUCACACUGAACACAUGUGACAGACGUGACAGAGUCUGGAGACGCCGCAGAGAACGUUCUGCUGCCUGCAACAUCCUCCAGCAUGACCGGUUUGGCAGUGGGUCAGUAAUGGUUCUUUGGGGGGCCGCAUAGCCCUCCAUGUGCUCGCCAGAGGUAGCCUGACUGCCAUUAGGUACCGAGAUGAGAUCCUCAGACCCCUUGUGAGACGAUAUGAUGGUGUGGUUGGCCAUGGGUUCCUCCUAAUGCAAGACAAUGCUAGACCUCAUGUGCCUGGAGUGUGUCAUCAGUUCCUGCAAGACGAAGGCAUUGAUGCUAUGGACUGGCCCGCCCGUUCCCCAGACCUGAAUCCAAUUGAGCACAUCUGGGACAUCAUGUCUCGCUCCAUCCACCAACGUCACAUUGCACCACAAACUGUCCAGAAGUUGGCAGAUGCUUUAGUCCAGGUCUGGGAGGAGAUCCCUCAGGAGACCAUCCGCCACCUCAUCAGGAGCAUGCACAGGCAUUGAAGGGAGGUCAUACAGGCAUGUGGAGGCCACACACACUACUGAGCCUCAUUGUGACUUGUUUUAAGGACAUUACAUCAAAGUUGGAUCAGCCUGUAGUGUGUUUUUCCACUUUAAUUUUGAGUGUGACUCCAAAUCCAGACCUCCAUGGGUUGAAAAAUGUGAUUUCCAUUUUUAAAUUUUUGUGUGAUUUUGUUGUCAGCACAUUCAACUAUGUAAAGAACAAAGUAUUUCAGAAGAAUAUUUAAUUCAUUCAGAUUUGGAUGUGUUAUUUGUGUGAUCCCUUUAUUUUUUUGAGCAGUGUACUAAAUGGUAGUGUACUUUUUUUACAUAUACCUAAUUUAACAAAAACAUCAUUUUCCUUUAAAAACUUGAUGAAAAGAUUUUUAUAUUAAAAGACGGUGUUGAGGUGUCAGUUCUCAUUUAACUCCGUGGUAGAAUUCUAAAGUAACGCUUAUAAUCGCCGGUUCCACUUUUUUCGUUUGCAAUUCAUCUUUUAUGCUAACACCUGUGACCCCCUAAAGGUGAAGUACCAUUAACAAAAUAACACUAUCGGUGAAAACGCAAAUGCCUGUUGAACACUAAGACAAACACUACAUGCCACAAAUCAUCCCAAAUAUGCCAUCCUAAUAAAGAAUAUGAAAAAUGUCCUAUUCUUUAUUACAUCCCAUUUGUAACAUUUUAUUCCUAAAAUGUCAAUUAAUUCUCUUUGCUACAUAUGCUGGCUCAAUUUACUUGAUAUAUAAUCCCAUGAAGCCAUUCCGCCCUUUAGUGCAAUAUAUGUUUAUUGGUCAAGUGUAUUACAAUUACAGUGUCUCUGUCUAACCUGUCCAUCUCCUGUCGCAUGUUACUUGCCCGAUUAAUGACUAUGUAUUAUAACAGGUUACGGAUCUCUUGAAAAUGCAAAAUCUCGGAACAUGAUGAAAGACGCGAUUAUCAUAAUUCAAACAAUCCUGAUUGCAUUAUUCAUAGUGAUCCCAGCAAUGCUAAUUAUUGAGAUGGUAAGUGUGUGUUUAUGCAGCGUUCUGUCCUCUUACACAGUCUGAUAAGAUGGAAUAUUGAAUUGUUAAUGGUCAGACUUUGAUUGACUUGAGAAUACGUGUUCUAAAAAAAAAAUGGAAAAUGUACCAACCCUUAUUGGGUCCCAUACCUUAUAUUUUUCUAGGGAAAAAAGUAACAGUUGGGAACAAAUUACUCAAACAAAACAAAACAAAAAAAAAAAAUGCGUGAAUGGUGCUACCUCUGCAAAACUGGAAUACGAAAUAUAAAAAUGUGAUGUAACUUUUCUGAUAAAUCAUCCAGGUCAGCUCAGUGCUGGCUGUAGUAUUCACUAAAAGUACAUCAGGAGCAUGAAAGCCCCACUCCGGAGGGAUCCAAAUGAAUUUAGGGAGUCAUCCGUCAGCGAGACAAUUUAUUUGAUUUGCAAUGUAUAAACAUGUGUAGAGACCAAUGUAGCAAGAAAUGUAAAAUAAGGGAACAUUAAAAAAAGAAAAAAGUCAAAUGUACACAUUUUACAUCUGCUAAUAGAUGCUUCCUUAGCAGUUUAUUACUAAAUAAGAAGCUAUUGCCAUUAAAUCCAAAAUAAUUGUUUCUCAUCAUUCACUACUUUGGCUUCAAAGAAUUUGUCUUCAAAAAUAUGCCGCAAAAACUGGGGUUCUAGCUUUGGCCACCCCUGUGUUGUAGACAAUUGCUACAUUUUAGUGAAGAAUUAAAUAAACAGUACAAGUAUUAUACUCAUACACAGGGCCGCCAUCUGGGGGUGACAACCGCACAGGCCCCACGUGGAGCAGCGAAACUGCCGCAGGUGCAUCUGCACCGGGGCCCAUCAGGUGGCGCAAGCAUUUAGGGCCACCCGAUGGGCCCUAUAUCUUCAGGGGCCCGGUCAGCGCUGCGGCCGGGUAAUUGCACAACUGGGCCCCUUUAAAAAAAUUGCGGCUACACCGCAAGUGCUGCUGGGAGGAAGUGACCGCUGUUCUCUUCCUCCCAGCUUACUCAGCGCGGGGGAAGGGAGAGGGAGAGGAGAGGACAGGAGAGCAGAGCAGAGGACAGGACAGGGACACCAGAGGCAUCCACUCCCAUCAUCCCCAGCCACCCUCCUGCAACUUAAAGGUAAGAGGAGGGUGGCUGAUAAAUGAGGUGUGUCUGUGUGUAUGUCAGUAUGUUUGUCUGUGUGUGUAUGUCAGUAUGUAUGUCUGUGUGAGUAUGUCAGUAUGUAUGUCUGAGUGUGUAUGUAUGUCAGUGUGUAUGUCUGAGUGUGUAUGUAUGUCAGUGUGUAUGUAUGUCUGUGUGUGUAUGUAUGUCAGUGUGUGUAUGUAUGUCUGUGUGUGUAUGUAUGUCUGUGUGUAUGUAUGUCUGUGUGUGUGUGUAUGUCAGUAUGUAUGUCUGUGUGUAUGUCAGUAUGUACGUUUGUGUGUGUAUGUCAGUAUGUAUGUAUGUGUGUGAAUGUAUGUCAGUGUGUAUGUAUGUCUGUGUGUAUGUCAGUAUGUCUGUAUGUGUGUAUGUCAGUAUGUAUAUAUGUCUGUAUGUAUGUCUGUUUGUCAGUAUGUAUAUAUGUCUGUAUGUAUGUCUGUUUGUCAGUAUGGAUGUCUGUGUAUGUGUCUGCAAGUAUGUAUAUAUGUGUGUGUGUGUGUAUAUGUCAGUAUGCAUGUAUGUCAGUAUGUAUGUCUGUGUGUGUGUGUCAGUAUGUAUGUAUGUAUGUCAGUAUGCAUGUAUGUCUGUGUGUAUGUGUCUAUCUGUAUGUGUGUGUGUAUGUCAGUAUGUAUAUAUGUAUGUAUGUCUGUCUGUGUGUGUGUAUGACAGUAUGUAUGUGUGUAUGUAUGUAUAUAUCUAUCAGUAUGUAUGUCAGUAUGCAUGUAUGUCUGUGUGUGUGUGUAUGUCAGUAUGUCUGUAUGUAUCUGUGUAUGUAUAUAUCUAUCUGUGUGUGUGUGUGUGUGUGUGUGUGUGUGUGUGUGUGUCUGUAUGUAUGUGUAUGUGUGCCAUUAUGUAUGUAUGUCAGUAUGUAUUUAUGUGUAUGUAUGUAUGUCUUUUUGUACAUCUGUAUGUCACUUUGUAUGUAUGUCUGUUUGUCAAUAUGUAUGUUUGUCUGUAUGUAUGUGUGUGUGUCAGUAUGUGAGUAUGUAUGUACGUCAGUGUGUGUCUCUAUGUCAGUGUGUGUGUGUGUGUAUCUGUGUAUGUGUCUAUAUGUGUGUAUGUCUGUUUCAGUAUUUGUGUCUGUUAGUAUGUGUGUAUCUUUCUGUGUGUGUGUAUUCCUGUGGGUGGGAUUUGGAGGUGGGCACACGGGUGCCCAGACCUUGAGCUGUGUUAGGGGCCCCACAAUUUCUGAUGGCGGCCCUGCUCAUACAUGCAGCCUGCUUUGAAGGAACACUCCGAUUAAAUUCAUUUCUAUAUAUGUACAUACCGAAAUGCUGUAAGGGACAGGAGUGUCCUCUUAAACAUGGGUCAAUAGGUAUAACAGUAAUACAUUCCCUAUACCAAGACCAUUUCUAUCAAACAUAACUUGAAUCCAUCAUAUUUGCAUUUAGCAUAAAAAGGAGAUUUUUGUCUAAGUAAGAAAAUUGACAUGUGAAUAUUUUAAGACCAAGUGUAUGUGCACAGAUAUCCUGACUGUCUGCCUCUCAUACGCACCGUGGGUCUCAGAAGUCAGAGGUCGCGAGUCACGUGACCAGCAACAUUUGACUUCACCAACAUGCGGAGAGACCAAGAGGCAGACAGACAGGAUGUCUGUGCAAAUACACAGCACACAGGCACUGUAUAAGAGAGAAAGGGGCAGCGGUGACAACACCUGCUAGAAAUAAUAUAUUGGGAGGCAGCUAACCCCAAAAAGGUCCUGACAAUGCCAUCUGGGUCCUGGGGUAUGUGCAGGGGAUGCCAUCUGGAUAAUGGGGCAAAUGCAAGGGAUGCCAGGAAUCUGUGUACAGAGCAAGUGCAGGGGAUGCAAUCAAGGUGCAUGAGCCAGUUGCUGGGGCAGAGAGAUGGCACAGAAAUGCUGGGAACAAGGAGAUGGCACAGAGAAACUGGGGGCAAGGAGAUGGCACUGAGAGACUGGGGACAAGGAAAUGGCACAGAAAUGCUGGGGACAAUGAUAUGGCACAGGAGACUGGGGAUAAGGAGAUGGCACAGAGAGACUGGGGACAAGGAGAUGGCACAGAGAGACUGGGGGCAAGGAGAUGGCACAGAAAUGCUGGGGACAAGGAGAUGGUACAGAGAGACUGGGGGCAAGGAGAUGGCACAGACAGAUUGAAGGUAUGGAGAUGACACAGAGAGACUGGGGGCAUAAAGAUGCAACAGAGAGGCUGGGUGUAAGGAGAUGGCACAGAGAGACUGGGGGCAACGAGAUGGCACAGAGAGACUGGGGGCAAGGAGAUGGCACAGAUAGAUUGGAGGUAUGGAGAUGACACAGAGAGACUGGGUGUAAGGAGAUGGCACAGAGAGACUGGGGCAAGGAGAUGGCACAGAGAGACUGGGGGCAAUUAGAUGGCACAGAGAGGCUGGAGCAGAUUGAUUGCACUGGUUGGUUUAUUAGGGCCACAGAUGGCACUGGCAGUUUUUUGGGGUUUUUUUUGUUUUUUUUUAGGGGGGGGGGGGGUCAGAGAUGGCUCAUUGGCAUGACAUAGCAAGUUUAUUCAUUUAAUGCUCAUUGGCCUGAUAUACAAGGCUUAUGCAUUUAAUGCAUUAAUAGCAUCCCAGUGCUGUAAAAUCCUUCAGAACUCCUUUUACUAAAUGCUUGCCAAGUUAGGGAGAUCUCUCUUAUUGAUUAUCGAUAUCAAAGUGUCAAGUGGGCAAUUUACACAUUUACAGGGCCGUCUUUAACGCGGGGCAAACGGGGCAGCUGCCCCGGGCCCAGUUUCUCUUGGGGGGCCUGCCCCGUGGGCCCCGCUGCCCUCAUCAAUUAAUUUUUUUCCCCCGUCCCACCGGGUGGCCCAUGCACUUAGGGCAGUGGCAUACAUACCAGGGUCGCGGCUGCGACCCUGGUAUGCACCCACAGGGCCAGCGUCUUCCCCUGGGGGGCCCAGGAGGCGGCCACCCCAGGGCCCCCCGAGGCUGGCCCUGCUGACACCCGGCGGGCAGGUGGCCGGUCGGGCAGGAAGGCGGGCACGCGAGGGAGCACUCAGUGCUUCCUCUUCUGCUCCCUCGCGCACCGUACUGAUACCGGAGCCGGAAGAUGACGUCAUCUUCCGGCGCCGGCAUCCCUCGCGCGAGGGAGCUGAAGAGGAAGCAGUGAGUGCUCCCUCGCGCGCCCGCCUUCCUGCCCGACCGGCCACCUGCCCGCCAGGGUCAGCAGCCCCACUGGACCCCAUGGAAUCCCCCCAGCACUCCAAAAGGUAAGGAGGCUGGGGGGAUUACAUUUAAAAAAAAAAUGUGUGUUUAUGUGUUUGUGUGUUAGUGUAUGUGUGUGUUAGUGUAUGUGUGUUAGUGUGUGUUUGUGUGUUAGUGUAUGUGUGUUAGUGUGUGUUUGUGUGUUAGUGUGUGUUAGUGUAUGUGUGUUAGUGUGUGUUUGUGUGUUAGUGUGUGCUAGUGUAUGUGUGUUAGUGUGUGUUUGUGUGUUAGUGUGUGUUAGUGUAUGUGUGUUAGUGUGUGUGUUUGUGUGUUAGUGUCUGUGUGUCAGUAUGUCUGUCUGUGUGUCAGUAUAUCUGUGUGUGUGUUUCAGUAUGUCUGUGUGUGUGUCAGUCUGUCUGUGCAUGUCAGUAUGCCUGUCUGUGUGUGUGUCAGUAUGUCUGUGUGUGUGUGUCAGUAUGUCUGUCUGUCUGUGUGUCAGUAUAUAUGUGUGUGUGUAUAUCUGUGUGUGUCAGUAUGUCUGUUAGUGCAUGUGUAUGCAUGUGUCAGUAUAUCUGACUGUGUGCCAGUAUGUCUGUGUGUGUGUGUGUCAGUAUAUCAGUCUGUGUGUGUCAGUGUAUGUGCCUGUGUGUGUGUGUCAGUAUUUCUCAGUGUAUGUGGGUGUCAGUAUAUCUGUCAGUGUGUGGGUGUCAGUAUUUCUGUCAGUGUGUGGGUGUCAGUAUUUCUGUCAGUGUAUGUGUGUCAGUAUGUUGAUCAGUGUAUGUGUCUGUGUGUGUCAGUAUGUCGGUAUAUGUGUCUGUGUGUCAGUAUGUCGGUAUAUGUGUCUGUGUGUCAGUAUGUCUGUAUAUGUGCCUGUGUCAGUAUGUCUGUCAGUACGUCUACCAGUGUAUGUGUCUGUGUGUGUGUCAAUAUAUGUACCUGUGUCAGUGUGUCUGUCAGUGUAUGUGCCUGUUUAUCUGUAUGUAGUCAGUGUAUGUAUCUGUGUAUCUGCUUGUGCGUCAGAGUGUGUACCUGUGCAUUUGAGCCGCAACUUUAAAUACAAAUACACCCCUCCAUUCAAACUUCAACACUACAUAUAAAACACACUCCUGCAUUGAAACGUCAACACUACAUACAAGCACACUCCUACAUUCAAAAACAAACACUACACAUAAAUGCACACUUGCAUUCAAACUCCAGUACCACAUACAAACACAUUCACACAAACAUACUCCAUACAAACACAUGCUUACAUUCAAACAUACAAACAUGGCUCAGUGCUAAAUACAACCCUGCAAGCAUGGGAAAUUGGUAGAGUCCCAGCUGUCAAAGCAUUGUUGGAGUUGCACGACAGAUGGGGUUCUACCUUUAGUCCAACCUUGCAAUUGGGGGUCCCAAUAAAAUUCAUUCUACUUUAGUACCGCCACUGCGUUGGGAUGGAUGCCGUGAUUGCAUACGAGGGAGUGAGGGGCGAGAGCGGCAGGGCCCAGGGGGCCCAAGCAAACACUUGCCCAGGGUCCAUUCGUUAUUAAAGACGGCCCUGCACAUUUAUAGCACUUUAAUUCUUCCUAUACAAUUAUCUUGUCUGUCUAUCAACACAUCUAUUUUAUUUGUGUACUUGUGUCUAUCGCUGAUGUUAACGGGUGAGUAGAUAAAAUUGCACUAUGGGCCACUAAAUAGUUUUUGCCCCACUGGCCACAAGUUGCCAACCCUCCCCUGACAGGAAAAGUCAUAAAAAACAAUUAUUUUCAAUUUGGUUAUUUUAGCCCAAAAGUUGACAUUCACCUUCUUUGCACAAUAGACACAUAGGAAGUAAAUGUAAUGAAGGACUGUUUCAUAAAUGAAUAGUUUUUAUCUAUAUUUUAGAAAAAGAAACGAUCUGUGAAAAUGGAAGACCAUACAUACGAGGUACAUAUGUUUUUUUUUUUUGUCCGUUUUUUUUUUUGCAACAUUGUUAUGUAAAAAGAUACGUGGCUAACUAGUUUUUAUUUCUAUCACUGAAAGCAAUAACUUUGAUUGAACUGUUGUGAAUUAAAAGUGGACUUUAAAUUUAAGGCCUGGAUAGUCAAACUGGAAAAAUUCACCUGUCUUCUGCAUUUUGAAUUUGGGCGUUUUUUUUGCGUAAAAUUUGAAGCACUUGGGCAGAGUGGGAGCCCCAGAACAUACGUAACCCCUUGCAAAAACUGGGUUAGCAAAUCCCUUAUCAGCAUAACAGUCCCGAUACGUCGUCAGUCCACAAGAGAUUAACGUUAUCCGCCUAUGAAAGAGGUUCGUGUGCAUGUAGUGAUGGUAAAACACGAAGGCUGUCACUUGGUACCCUGAGAUAUAUCCUAUGCAAGCUCUACGCCAUGCAGACCCCCAGACUGCCGCAUGUGCAUUAUCAUAGUAUCGCUGACUCCUACAGGAAGUGAAAGUGGAUCUGGGUUUCAAAUUUUACUCUCUCCAGGAAGAGAAGCAGCAGGAUUAAGUAUAUAGAGAAAAAAAAAGAAGUGUUCUAUUUUAGACGUGGCAUGUAAUAUCACCCAGGUUAUAUAAACUUCCCUGUUUUUUUAACCUUUUCAUGACAGACGACAUGCCAGAACUGCGGAUGUAUAAUGGGAUUUGUCGAGGACAUUUAAAUGACGGGUUUAAAAAUAUAGGUUACAUUGUUACUCCUCGUUUGCAGGUUUGAAUGCCUCUCUGUGGCUCACUUACAAGCAUUUAAGUGGUUAAUGGAGAGUAAAGAGAAAUAAUUAGAAUUAACUAGUGGCGAAUGUAAUAGGCACUAACCCUUCUCCAGUAUGGAUUUGGGAGACGCAAUAACGGACACUCCAGCAGUAGAGGAGUACAAGUUUAUAUUCUUUAUAUUCUACGGUAAAGAAAAAACACGCUAUCUCCAGCUCUUAUUAUAAAUGAUAACCAGUUAAAUACCGCCAUAAAACGGGGCACAGCAACAUUAAAGGCCUUAGAAGGUCUGUCCGCACACUAGGUCCUUCUACGGCCCGCAUGGAUCAUUUUGGACAAUUAACUUUGUUACUAUCUGUAGCUGUGCACAUUUGUUCACUGAUAACUGGCUGAGAGCCCUGGACAAGAGUGAAUGGGUUUGUAAAAUUAAUCCUAAGAGGUCGGUUCUAGGGAGAGAUCUAUUUUUCCUCAAACUGGUCCAAAGAGGAAUGUCCCAAAAAAAACAGGGACUCACAGAUCCAUAACCACUGGUUUAAGCACUGUUUUUUUCAUUAUGGCUAAUCUGCAAGUAGUAUAAAUUGUCUAUGGAGCGACUUAGCGAUGUUAGAUAUACAUUGUAAUACAAAAAACACCACUAUAUAAUAUAUAAUGUUUGCUAUAAUCUUUUCUUGUUAUUUUCCUCAAUGAAUAGACAUAAACUACAAAAAUAUAAUUUUUCCAGUAAAACUCUACUGCCCUCUGUAGGCGUUUAUUAAGAAUGCAAUGGCUCUAACUUCAUGACAGACAUUGUAGGGGAAAAUCUAGAUUUUUAGGGUCUUUAACCCCUUAAGGACACAUGAUGGAAAUAUUCCGUCACAAUUCCCUUUUAUUUCAGAAGUUGUGUCUUUAAGGGGUUAAGUUAAAAGAUUUUGGGUGAGGAUACAAUUGGUUCAUUUAAUUACUCAGAACAUAAAGUUGGUAAUCUCUAUGUUUAUAUUUUGUUUGAUAAAACCAAAUAUUAUAACUAUAUUGAUCAAUAAAAUUAAUUUACCCUGUUCUUUCUUGUACAGGGGUUGGAGAUAUAUCAAUCAGCAACAUAUGAGGACAUUCAAAAUGUGCGUGUUUUAUCAUCAAAAAGCAUGAUCGGAGAGCAUCCAUGCAUGGAAUAAGACAAUGGGGAUGCGAUCGCUAGUGCCCCCACAUUUUAAAAUACAGAGUCAUGGGAGCUGUGGGUUAACUCUCAUCAAUAUCCUUAUAUAAUACCAUGUUACAAGGCAGCUGCCCAGUUUCUACCAUGAACUCUAAAUCACAUUACUUACAAAUGACAUGGAAAUAUUGGAAACGAACUUAGCUUUUUAUUAAAUAAUAGCUGAAACUCAGUAUUUACGAACCAUGUAGUCCAGUCCUGGAUAAAUUCACAUUUAUUUUUUAUUAUGUCUCAAAAGGGUAAUAAGUAAAGCUUGUGCUUAACUGAUUAUCAUGUUAAUACAUGGGGGGCUUAUGUACAAAGAGAAAUUAUUGGGCAUAAUUCUGAAGUGGAACUAUCGCCAUGGAAGCAAAUGGAAUGUUGAUGUUGAUUGCUCUAAGUUUAGAACUCUACCCCAACAUUUCUCUUUUACAUAACCCCGUAUGGCUUGAGGGAUCAGGGUAAUUGUUACGCCUAACUGGUAACCAAAGUUUAAGUAGGGUUACUGUAAAGAAAUCUUUGGUCAAAGAAAGACUACAUGUGUCACACCAUACAGUGUGUGGAUAUAUUUGGAGAUUUGGUCCAUAGAUUUGACAGUAUUCUACAGUGAAGUCGCUUCAUAGAUUUACAAAAUGAGCACUAAACGUUUUGGUGAUAUUCCCCCUAAAAACAUAAAGUGCGAGUAGAUUUACAGUAUUUCUGUAUAUGAAACAAAAAAAAAAACUAUAUCGUAAAUGAUCACUAGACUUGAAAAGCAUAAUAAAGAUGUCUACCAUUUGCACAGUACGGGUGGUGGAUUUAAUUUCAGGUGAUAGCUGUACAGACACUGUUUCAUGUAAAGAGCAAAGGAUUAAAGUAUCAAUUUGAGAAGGAAAAGCAAUGCGGCUAAUAAUGUAUGAGUCUUUUUUUAAAUCUCACAGUCUUUAUAAAUUCUGUUUGACCCAAAACAACAAAAAACAAUUAGCUUCCCUAUUGUUUAUAAAAGCCUGCUAAUGCUAUCAUAGAAGGAUGAAGAUCGCACAGGGCCCUAAGUAGGUAUCCAGUAGCCCCUAAACUUUGUACUUCACAUAGGGACGGUAAAUGGGGCCAAACAAAUUCCUGGUUCGGGGGCCCCUGUCUAAUCCAUGGGCGCUAGGCAGCUGUCUAGUGUCGCCUUUAUGGUUAAUCCUAUUCUGCAUACUAUGAUCAUAUCAAAAGAAGUUAAAACUACUGGUUUCCUCUGCAUAUAGUUAAUGAAACAUAUAGCAUUAUAUAUCAUGAGACAGUCCCUUCUGUGAGUGUCUCCCGGGGUGGUAGAUAUGCGUACCUUGGAACUUUCUAAAUGAACAGAUUUUGGUUUUCCUUAAAAUGAUUCAUUUGCGAAAGUGAAAGUAUAAAGUGGCUCUGUCCUACUAGGACUGUUUGAGCCUGGGAACAAGGAACUGCUGUUUGAACCCAGUGAUUUAAUGUUACACCCCAACAAUUUCCUUGGAACAAGCCUAUCACAUUGAGCAGCUGUCCUUUGGAGCUUACAAUCUAGUUCAUAUCUGGUACAGUGUAGUUGAACAAGAGACUUUUACAACUGCAGACAUAUCUGAAAAUUAAUUAAGUUUAAUGUUAUAUAAUGGGGCUUAUUCACUAAAAAGGUUCGAUAACAUCAAUAAUCAACUUAAAAUUUGACCAAAUGAUGUCCUAUUCCGCUAUUUUGUGCUAACUCACUGUUCAGUAAAUAAGACCAUAGGAGUAUGGGAACAUUUAUAUCGUUAUUGAUUUUUUUUUCAUAUUUACCACUGGCUUUUAAUUAGUGAUUGGGGGAAAAAGAGAAGAAUUAGCAGCUUUCAUUCUUCCCUUUCUCAUCUUUUGGAUAAAAUGAAAAAAAAUUAUAUCGUAAAACUAAACCAAUCAGCAAUGUAUCUUUAUUUCAGAUGUAUAAAAGCUUUGUGAUUGAGUAAGCUAUAUAUGUGUUAUGUAUGCAUAAAUAUAUAUUUUUAUUAUUCUUAUUCUGCAUCUAAAUCCUACAUGAAUUGUUGUUGUGUUUGUUAUGAAUGAACAUGAUGAAAUGGUACCCAAAAACCAGCGCUAUUGAGCCUGUGCUUGUCUUACAAUUAAAUUCAACUGCAAACAAGUGUCCAGCAAUCCAAAAUAUUUGCUCAGGGGCAAAAAAAAAAUUGGUGGUCCGUCAUGAAAAGUAAUAUUAAUGGUCCGUCUCUUCCCUUUACCAAACAUGUUGCUGGGGCGGGAGAGGAUUAAGAGGUCAAAUGAGCCAAAAUGUAAAGUGUGUGACAAGAGCAUUGUAUUUAUGCUUACGAAUCUUUCAGAUCGCACCUUGCCAAGAUAAGGAACGUCAUAAAAUAUUUAAAAAUGUUAAUCCCAAAGUAAAUUCAAAAUGUCAAUUUUUUGUCAUAUCACAGUAAUAUAAACAUAUUGCUGUGCUCUAUUAACUAUGUUCCAAAUUAAUCUUAUUCUAUUUCUUAAAAUAAGGAAAAGUGUCGAGCCAGAGCUUAUUUUAGGAAUUUGUAUCAACUGGGCUGGAUAUUUUAGCAAAC